AUGUGCCAUUUCUCCAUUCUCGUCCCCGUUCAAUUCGAUCCGCCUUUCACCGACUGCGACGCGGCCCUGCGCGAGCGCCGACGGACCACGACGCGACGACGCCCCGAUACCCCUCCCCUCGCCGCCGCUAGGCGAUGCGCCCGGUCGCGCCAUGACAAUUACGCCGCAGACGCCUGUCCCGCCCGCGAGACCGCCCUAGCUGCCGUCUGCAUGGCUGCCCCGACGUCGCUCAAGGGCGCCGCCGCCUUCGUCCCGCGCGCUGUGUUCGACGUGUCGUCGUCCAUCACGCGCACCUACUUCCUGGGCCACCACGCGGCCGCGCUGGCCAACAUGCGCCGGUCGCUGUCCGACAUCGGGCUCGUGAUCGAGUGCCGCGACAGCCGCGUGCCGCUGGCGUCGGCGAACCCGCUGCUCGACGAGGCGCUCGCGGGGCGGCCGCGCGUCGUCGUCUACACCAAGGCCGGCCUGUGCGCGCCGCCCGGGUCCGGCCGCUGGAUCCAGCGCCAGCAGCUGCGGCUGCAGCAGUUGCGCGCCGGCUCGCUCCCCGCCGCGUACCCCGGCGUCCCGCGCCUCGGCCCCGGGCCCGGCGGCGAGGGCGAGGAGCGAGCCGACGACGAGAGAGCCGACGAGUACUACGGCGGCCGCCCCGGCCUCCACCGCCGCGCCGAGGUCGUCUUCACCGACAAGGACAACCUCCGCUCCGUCGAGGCCCUCCUCGCCAUCAUCAAGCGCCACGCCGCCGCCGCCGAGUCGCUCACCGGCCUGCGCGCCCUCGUCGUCGGCAUGCCCAACGCCGGCAAGUCCACGCUGCUCAACCUGCUGCGCCACGCCGGCAUGUCGCGGGCCAAGGCCGCGCGCACCGGCGCCCAGCCGGGCGUCACCCGGUCCUUCGGGACGCCCGUCCGCAUCGUUCCGGCGCCUUCGCCGCCCCCGACCUCGUCUCUUUCCUUGCCGCCCCCGUCGCCGUCGCCGUCCCCCCCACCCCCGCCGCCACUAUCGUACGCCGAGGAGUUCGGCGGCGGCGUCUACCUGAUCGACACGCCCGGCGUCUUCGUGCCGUACGUCGCGGACCCGGAGGCGAUGCUCAAGCUGUCGCUGGUCGGCUGCGUGCGCGACGGCAUCGUCCCGUCCGAGACCCUCGCCGACUACCUCCUCUUCCACCUCAACCGCCGCGACCCCGCCCUCUACGCCGACUUCUGCUCCCCGCCCACCAACGACGGCGGCGCCUUCCUCGACGCCGUCGCCCGCCGCACCGGCAAGCUCGCCCGCGGCGGCGUCCCCAGCCGCCCCCACGCCGCCGACUGGGUCGUCCAGCGCUGGCGCGCCGGCGCCCUCGGCCGCUUCCCCCUCGACGACCUCGACGACGACGCCACCCUCCGCGCCGCCGCCGCCGCCGCUGCCGCCGCCGCUGCCAGCGCUGGCAGCCGCCCCCUCAGCCUCCACCAGGCCCGCAAGCGCGAGAAGGAGGCGAGGAAGGAGAGACGUGCUGCCAAGAGAGGGCGGUCCUAGUGGGCGGCGGAAGUUGACCUCUUCCGCGGGAUAUCCGCCUAGAUACAUCCCCGGCACGUACGGAAUGUGAGUAGUGCAGGUUGUCAUAACGGAUAUUCACACCAGCAUUUUGCAUUAUCAUAUAUAUAUAUAUAUAUGUAUGUUUUUAAAAAAGCGCGACGAAGCGCUCAAUUAUACACGAGAUAAGAAGAUCGGGGUAUAUUGUAGAUACAGCAAACACCGCGCCCGUAAAUGUGUGUGUGUGUGUGUGUGUGUGGUAGUAGUAGUAGUAGUAGGUAUUGAUGAUGCGAUUCCCGCCCGAUCCGAUAACGUAUUCGUCUUCAGAUACGUCAGUCCUUACUU